AUGGGGGAGAACUCUAGGAAAUAUGGCUUGUUACAAGAUCUCCUGCUGAUGGGCGUCUCUACAUUUGCCAUGUACUAUGUUGCCAGAGGUGUAAUAUCAAGCCUGCCUAUGUCACAAGAUCACGAGAAGGACCAACAGGACCAAGCUCGCCUCAAAGCUGCUGCGCAUCUACGGAAGCUACAAAGGUCAAGGGACGACUCCGGCGAGUCUGGUUCGGACGAUGAUUCGAGAGGCCGGAAAUCGCGGAUACGCAAAGAAGAUAUCGAGUUGAACCAAUAUGAGAGUCAGAUAGCUAUGGAGGUUGUGGCUCCAGAAGACAUACCAGUUGGAUUUGAUGAUAUUGGCGGCCUUGACGAUAUUAUCGAAGAGCUGAAGGAAGCCGUUAUAUAUCCCUUAACAAUGCCCCAUCUAUAUUCACAUUCUUCGGCGCUCCUGGCUGCGCCUUCUGGGGUUCUACUGUAUGGCCCUCCUGGUUGCGGUAAGACAAUGCUCGCAAAGGCGCUGGCACAUGAAAGCGGAGCUUGCUUCAUCAAUUUACACAUCUCGACUUUAACGGAUAAGUGGUAUGGCGAUUCAAACAAACUCGUCCGGGCCGUCUUCUCGUUGGCCCGAAAGCUUGAGCCUACCAUAGUGUUCAUCGACGAAAUUGAUGCUGUCCUCGGCCAGAGACGGAGCGGAGAGCAUGAAGCGAGUGGAAUGGUGAAGGCAGAAUUCAUGACUUUGUGGGAUGGCCUCACAUCUGCAAAUGAGAAGGGCGUGCCCGCGAGAAUCAUGGUUCUUGGCGCUACCAAUCGAAUCCAGGACAUCGAUGAAGCAAUCCUUCGAAGAAUGCCUAAAAAGUUCCCAGUCUCCUUACCGUCGAAGUCGCAGAGACUGCGAAUUCUAGAACUUUUAUUGAAGGGAACUAAGACCGAUCCAGAAAACUUGGAUAUGGGCUUUUUGACCCGGGCGAUGGCCGGCAUGUCUGGAAGUGACAUCAAAGAGGCAUGUAGAGAUGCCGCGAUGGUUCCGGUACGUGAGUUUAUCCGAGAGCAGAGACAGCGUGGGGUUGCUAUGGCUGGUGUACGGGCAGAAGAAGUUAGAGGACUUCGAACAGAGGAUUUCUUCGGAACGAAGGGCGGCCAACUCUUCUUAGAGAAGCACGCAAAAUCACCCAGCAAACGCUCAAAAGUGAAGUCAGAAGAAUCUAGCGACGGAUAUGAGGAUGCUGAAGAUCACGAGAUCAUAGCGGAAUCGAUGGAUUAA